CCAACUGCAAUUUCUCAAUGUACCCGGUGCCUCCGGAACCGAAGACCUUGCCAACAAGCAGCGCUGGAACACCGGAGGAGUCUUUCUCUCGCUUUUCAUCCCCGAACAUGUCUCUGUCAACGGGGGCACUGGACCUGCUUAAAAGACUCCUGGAACCCGAUCCCACCUCGAGACUCCGAAGCAUCAUGGGUCUCCAGCGGGUAUCCUUCUACAAAAACCGGGAUUUCAGAGGCUACACAUGCAGGAGCGUGUCGCCGUUAGAAUAUCUCCCGGCUACGAAGAAGCCUGCAGGAUCGACGCCCGCGGAUGCCUGUGGCAACGAUCACUGCAACAGUCAUACGUUCGACGGGUUCUCGGAUUCCGCGAUGCUUCCGGACGGCGGCGUCUAAUCUCGUCGACGGGGAGUAAAGAAGAAGAAAGAAAAAC